AUGUCAUCCACCGAUGUUCACGACCAAGAAAUAGACGCGCGAUCCCGCUCGGCACUUGCUUCGACACGGCGCAACCUCCGCUACCUCUACGACCCGAAAACCGCGCCCAAUGCCGUGUCUUCACGCCGCACACGCGCACUUCUCCGUGUCGUGCGCUCCGGAAUCAUUUUCGCUUUCUGGAAGCUUGUACGGUAUGCGAAAUACGUUGCAAUUGGUUCGCUGGUGGCGACGAUAGGUGCUGGGGCUUUUGGCACAUUUGUUAGUGGGGCGGGAUUCGUGUUAGCCCCGACGGGCAUUGCGGGCACAAUUUUCGCCGCGACAGUUUGGGGGGCGGGGAGGUUUGCUGUUAAGAAGGUGAAGAAGAGGUGGGGCAUAGGACAGAAUUACGAGGAUGAUGAAGAGGAGUGGGAGGACAGGAGACACACGGGAAGGAGGAUCGACUUCGGCGCGGAGGCUAUGCCUUGGUGA